AUGAAGGAGCAGCGUCUGAAAGAGCUUCAGAAGAAUCCUGCUGCAGCGACCACAGACUCCUCCCCUGUCUUCACGGUGGACGGGACCAUCAACUCAGCCCCCGCCAUUGACCUCUUCUCUACCCCCAGCUCUACCAACAGCAACUCCAAGGCAGCCAACGACCUGCUGGACCUGCAACCGGCCUUCCAGCAGCCGCUGCCCCUCUCCACCACUAACACAUGGGGAGAUCCUUUCACCUCUGCUGCAGAAGCUGUGGAGGAAUCCAUUCCAAACUCAAACCCUUUCCUCACACUACCUGUUGUCGACACCUCCGCCGCGUCCUCAGACGCUGGCAGCCUGUCCUCUAGGACACCAAGCCAUGAAGUGUUCGAUCAUUACAAUCCCUUUUUUGACUCAAGCUCUUCCCUGGCAUCUGAUCUUGAUGCUGCUGCACAUACAGAGACAUUUAUCACAGACUCUUUCUGUGGGCCAAGCCCUUACAACACCACUCCUCUCUUCCAAUCUGAGCCCCCUGCCGUAGCUGGUCUAUUCAGAGUGUUUACAGCCUCCCCAACGCCCCAGCAGCCACAGAACUCUCAAGGCCUUAACGUUGACUUUGACUCAGUAUUUGGCAACAACACCAAUGCCAACAACCUGGACUCUACAGGUGGCAUCCUCAAACCGACAGUGGCAUCCUCACCCAAUCAGGACAUGACCCCAAAUGGCCAACAGCCCCACAAACUGGUGUCCAACGACCUGGACUCGUCUCUGGCCAAUCUUGUUGGCAAUCUGGGAAUCGGCAACGGUGCGCCAAAGAAUGAUCUUCACUGGAGUCAGCCUGGUGAGAAGAAGCUAACAGGUGGAACCAACUGGCAACCCAAGACUGCUCCUUCCACCACCUGGAACCCUGCAACCAUGGUAGGACUAUCACUUGUCUACGUUUGUCUGGUAUUAUUCCCCAACCAGCAAACACAGAUCAGUUGGGCUUGAAUUAAGUUUUAGCCGCCUUUUAAUAGUAAUUGUUGUCUUCCAUAGUCUUUAUAAGAAUAUGGUCGUUUAAGUUGGGGCUGAGGAAGUCAAAUGACUCAAACUAUCCUCUUUUAAAUCCCAUAUCCCAUAUAUAUAUAAUCCUAGACCUAAACAGUAUUUUUCUACAGAAAAUUAACGGUAACCCGUAACCUAGAGAUUCCCAUACUUUGAACUUUUAUGAUCCUUUAAUCUUAAUCUUAAAACCGGAAUGUUGUGUGUGUGUACAACAUUUUCAUGCACUGUUUGGCAGACGAAUGUAGUUCAGUUGUAGGACAGACAACAGUGUAAU